UGAUGUGUCUUACGGUUGCUGUAGCAACGUAUAAACUCUGGCGUUGCUAGGUAACCAAGCUAACGUUAGAAGGACAGUGUUAGCUACGCUUGCUAAGUCAAAAAUCUUGUUAAAUAAAGACAAUAAAACAGAUGCGGGAUUUAAGAAGAAGCUAAAACAACUGACGGUGGAUCAGUUUCUCACCGAGUCACCGUUGUUCAUGUUCACAGAGUUCUGCGGGAUUAUUAUCAACUAUCAGCUCACCUGAAGUCACAAAGCUAACCGGUUAGCAUUAGCCGGUCAGUUAAAACUAGCAUGUCGGAGCUCAGAGAGAAGGAGGAGCAGGAGGUGAAAGAAGAAGGAGAAGAAGAGGGAGAAGAAGAAGAGGAGGAAAACACAGACACAAACCCAGAAGCAGGUGGAGGUGCUGCAGAGAAGCCGCCAGAGGACGACAAAGGGCCGGGGAGUGAUGAAGAGGAGGCGCAGGCUGCCGGGUCGACCUCAGGUGAGGCAGGACGUGUUUCCAGCAGCGAUGUGCAGGCGGCGGCGGAAGAGGCUGAAACUCAGGCAGAUCUGCCCGACAACAGCGAGCAGCUCAGAGAGCCUCAGAGAGCAGAAGAUGUUGGAAACUCAACAGCUACAGUGAAGGUGGUGCUGGUUCCUGAAGGUCACGUGAUGACUGUGGCCUUCGCCAUCGGUCUCAGCAUUCAGGAGCUGAAGCGUCACCUCGCCUCGGAGCUCAGAGUUCCUGCAGAGGUCCUGCAGAUCUCUCUGGAUGGCAGGUUGGUGGAGGAGCAGCAGAGCCUGAUGGAGCUCGGCGUCCGGCCUCACGGCUCCACCCGGAUGGAGAUGAGCUCCACCGACCCGAACGCCCACCCGCUGCGACCCCUUCGCCCCCCGGAGCACGACAACAUGCCGGACGUCAUCACCGUCCGAGUUCAAACAGAUGACGGCGGGUUCCAGGAGGUGGUGGUGGAGAUCGAGCGUCCCCCCCAGCGGAAGGCCUUUCUGGGCGGCUACAGACACCGGCUGACGGGGGCGGAGUACCACCACGCCGCUGUCCAGACUCUGCCCAAGAGGAGACCUGACAGAGGAGUGGUCGUCUUCAGCCGCAACACACAGACAGUAGAGCUGAAGUCUCAGACUCAGCAGUGUCCGGUCAGCAUCAGCACCCAGAUGACUGGCAUCGGCUGCUACGUCUCCUGUAUGAACGACAAGCUGGUCGCCCCCGGCAACUACAUCACUGCUGACGAGUAUCAUGACAGGAGGCUGAGAGCUGUGAUCCGUCUGCAGGCGUUCACUCGGCGCUGGCUGGCCCAGCAGGCGGUGGAGCGCCUGAGGAGGGAGCGGGACCGGCGGCUGGCUUGGCUGGAGCUGCAGGAGAGGAGGAGGAGGGAGGAGAAGGAGGAGCAGCUGAGAGACCGCCGCCACCGCUGGUUGAACCCACAGAGGAGGGAGGACUUCACCCUGCUGUACCACGCUCUGGAGAAGUGGAGGCGUGAGGAGGAGCAGCGGAUCAACUCCUCCCUGCGAGGAGCUGAGAGGAAGGCAGCUCUCUGCUUGCUGCUGGAACAGGAGACGCAGCUCAUCGCCGCCAUCGGAUGCCAUCGCAUCGCCGUCCAGAACAACAACUACGAUAAAACUGUCAGGAACUUCCUGGAUAAGUCUGCAGCUCCUCAUCAGUGGCGAGCAGCAGACGGUCGUCUGAUCCAGAUGGACAGUCAACACACCAUCAGAGCCAGAGAGCUGCGGGAUCUGUACAACAACAUCAGCCUGUCUGCUGUCGGCCAGGAGCAGAGGCUCCAAGUCCUGAUGACACUCAAACACACUGUCAUGGAGCACGAGUGUCAGGUGACCCGGGACAUGGUGGAUUUGAUCGACAGGGAAGUGGACCUGAUGACGCGGGGUGUUAAGGCGGCCAGUCUGGCGGGGCUGAGGAAGAGGAUUUCCACUCUGUUCCUCCAGUACAUCAAAACACCAGCGUUCAACCCUGAGGUGGCAAAGCUGCUGAAGGUUCCCCAGAACCCGUCCCAGCUGAAGAACGACAUGUUCCUCUGCCACGGCUGUCAGCGCUACCUGCGCUCUGCUGAUUUCAGCUCGUCCGCCAGCGCCCAUCUGAGCGGUCAGUGUCGGGACUGCGCCAGACUCGACAACAUAGCUCGAUCCCGCAACGACUUCUCGUUCUACAAAAACAUCCUGAGGAGGCUGAGAGCCGACGAGCAGCGGCUCAACGAGGAGGCCAAGAUCCCCUUCCUGCUGCAGGUGGAGGACGUGCGGUACCUGGUGGAGGUGGUUUGGACGUCCCGCUCAGCCCUCCGCGCCGGCAGUGACCUCUACAACCUGGUGUUUGUCCGCUGGGAGCGUCAGAGGGACUGGAGCCCCUGGAACUGCAUCCUGCUGUCCAAAGAGGAGACUUCAGCUCACCUGGAAGUAGAAGACGUCCACAAGGCGUACGAAGCGACGUUCAUCCGCAGGAUCGAACACAAGCACACGCUGGCUCGGCGCCACUUCAGUCAGAUCCCGGUCAUGGCUGAAUACCUGGACUCUCAGCCGACUGCUGCCCUGGGCAACCAGCUCAUCUCCAAGCCCAUCACCAUGGCGACAAGCAAGCACGCCACCGACACGCCACCGGCCUCGGCUCAUUAGGAGACACCCUGUAGUUUUCUUUCUUCUGUCGUCUGAAGUCUAAAAUAAAAGUCUUGAUGGUUUCA